GGCGGGGAGGGAAGUCCGGUCCCCGUGGAGUUUGUCCGUCCGUCCGUCCCUCCGUCCACCCGCCCGCUCCCCUCUCGCCCCAAGCUCACCCCGCUUGGCGCUCCUCGGCAAAUGGCGGCCGCAGCGCAGCGCCGCCGGGGCCGGUGCUCCCCUCGCCGCGGGUCCCCCGCACUGGCGGGCAGGGAGCGCUGUCUCCUCGGGAAGGAACCGGUGUUCCCCGGCGCAGGUGUCGCCGUGCGGCACCCGGGGAGGCGCAGCCCGCCUGGCAGAGCCGGGCCGGGCCGGCGUAGGCGCCCGCCUGCCCGUCGGUAGCGUUACCGAGAGGGUCCCCGCGGCUCCCGUUUUCUGUUAGCACAGAGCAGCCGAGGAAUGGAGCCCGCGUCGUGUACAAGAGAGCCGUGAAGGUGGAUUGGAAAGAGUCGGGGUUAACUCUGACGACAUCCACGAACUCAUUCUGGUCCCAUCGGCGUUCCCUGGUGGGAUGUGCACAGCCAGGAGCCGUGGUGACCUCUGGUUUCCCAGUGAUCUCUUCCGUUACAAAACUUGUAGAGGCGAUCCUUAGCGGCCGAGCUGGAUGCUGAGUUGUGGCCCAUCAUAAGUACGGAGCCUGCAGGGCUAGUCCAGAUGGAUGCAAUUCUGAACUGCAGACCAGAUGACUUGGAAGAUUACUACAACUUGUUAGGAUGCGAUGAACUGUCUACGGUCGAACAAAUUCUUGCGGAAUUUAAGAUUAAAGCCCUUGAAUGUCAUCCUGACAAACAUCCUGGAAACCCCAAAGCAGUGGAGAAUUUCCAGAAGCUGCAGCAAGCUAAGGAGAUUCUUACUAAUGAAGAGAGUCGAGCGCGUUACGAUUACUGGCGACGAAGCAAAAUCACCAUUCCGUUCCAGCAGUGGGAGGCCCUGAGCAAUUCUGUGAAAACGUCAAUGCACUGGGCUGUCCAAAGUAAGAAGGACCAAAUGCUGGAAGCUCCUGACUUGAAUAAUAGCAACAACAUAACUAAUGAGAUUUGGACCCAACAGACUGAAAACAAUGAAGACGGAUUGUCAGAUGGGAACAGGGAGCAAGAAGAUGUUGCAAUUCCUGAUGUGAAACCACAGUCUUCAAAGAACCCAGACUCCCCAAGAUUUUCAGACGCAAAUUACUGGCACUUGCGUUUCCGCUGGUCAGGGGAUGCUCCAUCAGAGCUUCUGAGGAAAUUCAGAAACUAUGAGAUCUAAAAUGCAAAAUAAGCAUGAGAUCAUCUGUUCAACCAUUCAGUAUUUUUUUGUCAGCAGUUAUGUUAUUUGUAUUUUGUAUUCAUUCAUUGUGAUGUGAAUGUUGUUUGAAUAAAUGUCUUAAUACUGAUUUGUAAACACGUGUGCUGUAAGCAUUGCAGAUGGAGGUCUUCAUGUUUAACAAGCAAACUUUAAGCAAAGCCCUUUUCAGCGGUAACAUAAAGUGAUUUUAUGAAGUUAUCUAACAUCGUAUAUAUUGUUUCUUGUAUUCUUAAAUAUUUGUGUAGUGAAUAUUUUUUCUCAAUACUGUGAUGUUACAAAGGAUGUACUCUCGGUAGAACCAAAAGUCAGUGUUAGACUCCAGCAUAUCAUCCUAUUCAGUGAUGAUCUUCCAAAAGCUAUAUACAAUGAACUUUAAUCAAAACCAUGCUUAUUUCUCAGCUAUAUACUCUGGCUCACUUCUCCAUUGCAUUGUACUUACUGUAGUCAUUUAUAACACGCGCGUGCACAAUACUGUGACAAAUUUAACUUGUUGGAGAAUUUUGAUCUUACGAUAUAGAUGAAAUAAGAUCCAAGAAGGUCACUGUGACAGACCAGGCUCUCUGAAGAAUUACUUGCUUUCUAUCUUAACAAGUACACUUUUUGCACCAGCUAUUUAUUUUGGAAGGCAGUUUCAGAACUCCACUUCUCCAGUUAGCACCUUUCUUCUUCUUGAGACUUAGUGGUGGACAACUGAUACCCCACGUAUGUGUUGCCAGCAUUGUCCUGUGGCUUAAGAGCAAUAUCCUUCCCUGCUCUGCCUGAUAGAUGGGGUCUUAUCAGGGUGUUGUAUGGUGAGGAAUGAAGAAUCAGGCCAGUAAGCAUUAAUGUGUACAAAAUCUCACAUGAAACGUUUUUUAUAUUUUAGGCAACUUUUCAAAUUCUACAUUGUGUUUGUUUUGUAUUUGCUUUCUUCUUUGUAAACCUGGCUAAUAUGUCAGGUAUUGACAUUGUGGUUUUGUGCAGGCAAGUAAUUCCAUCAGCAACAAAUAAAACUGCAUGCAUACA